GAAUCAAACGGUCCUCUACGCCAGCAGAGACGGACAGCACUUGUGUGCCUCUGAUCCGAUCCGAUUAUCUAGGAUUUACACCGUUACUUUGGGGAAUCUUUAUUCUGCUCUAGACUCGCGAAUAGUAGUAGGCGUUUCUUCCGGAGCCCCCUACCAUCCGCGACCAUCAUACCGGGAACGUACCCCCGCGAGAUACAGGUGGUACACCACCGUGCGCUGCUUCUAGGCUCUCGCCGCUUAACGAGAGUGCAACUGCAGUCGGCAGCCGACUUGUGUACGGUUCACGGGGAACGCGGAGAACGUGCUCGUUCCGUUUCGCGGUAGUUUCGGGAAGACCAAGAAAGAAAGAGAGAUGAGAAUCAUAAUUCUAGUCACAUUUGUCAUGGCUAUUCUGACGGGAGUCUCGACGCAGAAUUUCAGGCAUUUCUUCGCAGGAUUUAAUCCUUAUAUCCAGAGCGCAGUAAUGAGAGAUCCGAGAUCGAAUAGAGGUCCAAUAUUAUUCCCAGCUGGACCGCCACCUAACUCAGCUGACACCAGUGGUGUCAUCGUAGGUGCGAGCGGAUAUGGAUUCGUGCCACCCACCGCAGGUUACUUCACUUAUUUCUACUACUAAACAUCGAACGAUGUCAAAAAGAUGACAACUUAAAGAAGAUCAAGAUUUCGAAUGACAUGGCUCGCAGAUUCUAGUUGAAAAAAAUUGUGGUAAACUCAUAGAUCAGUAUUACACGAUGAUAUGUGACCAUUGAAAGAAGGACGAGUCUAAAAUAAUGUUUUAAUAAUAGCUUUUUUAUACAUGAUUCGAGGCGUGAGAAUAUUUCUAUUUUCCGUUAACUUUGCUGGAUUACGUAAAGUUCUCAAGAUAAGAAAAACUAUUAGUGCAAUAUAAAUAGAAUAUGUAAAUGUGUCAGUAUGAGAUAAAAAGAAUUUAGAAAGAAGAAUAGAUCCUUCUCAAAGCAUAAUGAAUAAUAUACAAAAUAUUAACGCAAAAAGUGAAAAUUUUACAAAAGAGCAUACAGUAAAUGAAAUCCAUAUUUUCUUAUCUCUUCAAUUAAAGAUUAUUUAAAAUAUCAAUCUAUUAUUAAUGACAUUAAUAUUAAAAUUGAUAUUAUGCUCUUUACUUGGUCUUCAUAUCUAACGCCGCGAUAAUCCCGUAUACGGCAACAAGAACGUCCGUUAUCUACAUAUAUUGAAGUCGACGAAAGUACAAGCCGUACUUUAUGGUGCAUUAUAUUACGGGUACUCGCGCCUUUGCGUGGCAGUAACGUUAAGGCGUGUACAAUUAAUAGCGACAGAAAGCAUUGUGUACGACAGUGCAAUCCUAGAACAAAGAGAGCGAGACUGAGUUGCGAUCCGCUCCGGUAUUACGUCAAGAUAUCCGCUUAUAAAAACAAGAUCGGUAAAUAUAAGUUGGUCCGCGCUCCGUUGAAUUUAUAAAAUCGUUAAAACCGGUGAUAUGUUUUGCCGAUUGGUAAGUUAUUUAUUGCGACUGCAAUGGCGAUUUAAUUAAGUAUAGAUAGCCUUUUUCGCGGGCGAAUAGUCGUAAUACGAUCCCAAGAUCGAUCUGUGCAACACGAUGCAGUUUGACAAGUAAUACGUAACGCUAUAUGUAAAUAUGGUAUACAUUACGAUACUGAAUAAGACAGAAAUGGACAGAAGCCGUGAAUCUCAAUGAAGGCGUUGCCGAUGCUUUCGUUUCCGUGUAAUCUAAUCGCAAUUUUUUCUGAACGCGAGAUACGUUCUACGUUACGCUUAUUGCGUUCGGCUUCUCGGUUAAUUUAAUCCGUAUUCACCAUUUUUAAUCGCGCGGUACACGCUGGCGAAAAAUAUAUAAAUUUGCAGCUUUAUUGAUCCAUGGCGCCGAAAACAACCGCAUUCUAGAUGUAAUUAAUUCGUAUUUACGUAAUUUUUGCAGACACAUGAAUAUGGCCGAUCUUAGAAAAUUUUUGUAAGAAUUUUUCUAAGAAACAUGUAAAUAUAUUAUAUGUAAUCUGUAAGAAUGGAAUAAAAAAGUGGCUG